CCUCCUCCUAUUGGCUGACAACUGACUAGUGCUCUGUUGUUCAGUACAAAUCGAAGGUAACCACAACGAUAGUAAAUUACAGACAUAUAUUCAACAGUUUCGUCCAAGAUACUUAAACCGUCCCUGAUAUCAAGCGGUAGUUGUGGCAGGUGAAUGCGGAUGAACUUGAGGUGCUCGGAGGUUUGUUUUCAGCCCUGCUAGCUGACUAGCCAGCGUCUCGUCGCCUCUCCAUGGCUCUCUGCUGUUGAGUCUGCCAGGCUUGUGCUACAGGCAGCGAGGCUAACAAAUUAAUGCCAUCAGCCAGGAACUCGGGUCAUAUUAUGAGUGGGGCCAGUUGCAAAGCUAACGGCGCCGUGUACCCCGCCUCAUCAGCGAUGAUGAACUCGGUAAAGAAGCCGAAGAUGGAACAGAUUCAGGCCGACCAUGAGCUCUUCCUACAGGCCUUUGAGAAACCAACUCAGAUAUAUAGAUUUCUUCGCACAAGGAAUUUGAUUGCACCCAUAUUUUUGCACAGGACGCUCACCUUCAUGUCUCAUAGAAAUGGUCGAACAAAUGCUAGAAGGAAAGCUUUCAAAGUGGAUGAUAUGUUGCAGACAGUGGAGAAGAUGAAGGUAGAGCAAGAUUCUCCCAGCUUGUCUUCACAUCUACAGUUAACCUUCACUGGGUUCUUCCAUAAGGAUGAAAAGCCAUCUCAGAAUUCAGAAAAUGAACAAAAUUCUGUGUCUUUAGAGGUGCUACUCGUUAAAGUCUGCCAUAAAAAACGCAAGGAUGUCAGUUGCCCAAUAAAGCAAGUGCCUACAGGUAAAAAGCAGGUGCCUUUGAAUCCUGACAGUAACCAAACCAAGCCUGGCUCCUACCCUUCCUUACUGGUCUCCAGCAACGAGUUUGAGCCCAGCAACAGCCACAUGGUGAAGUCCUACUCGCUUCUGUUCAGGGUGUCACGCACAGGGAAAAGGGAUACCAAUGGUCUGGUCAAUGGAGAAGCCAACGAGAACAUCGAUGUAACAGAUACACCCACAAGAAAGAAGAGGAGUUCAUCCCACAGGGAGGAAGGAGAGACUACAGAGACAUAUGUUGCACAGAUGACAGUCUUUGAUAAAAAUAGGAGACUACAGCUGCUGGAUGGGGAAUACGAGGUGUCAAUGCAAGGCAUGGAGGAUAGCCCUGUGAGCAAGAAGCGAGCCACAUGGGAAACAAUUCUUGAUGGAAAGAGACUGCCACCAUUUGAGACAUUUUCUCAGGGACCCACACUGCAGUUCACGCUGCGUUGGACAGGUGAUGCCAGCGGAAAGUCUACUGCCCCUGUGGCAAAACCCCUUGCUACUCGCAACUCGGAUAGCUCCAGCCCCAUGGAGACCAGGACCAGCCACCACCGAACUGCCCUCAUGACAGUGAAAGAGUCAGUCAGCACAGACAUUCAGACGAGGAAAGAGCAGGUUCCAUGUGAGCCGCGACAGAAGCUACGUAUUUUUUAUCAGUUCCUUUACAACAAUAACACGCGGCAGCAGACGGAGGCAAGAGAUGAUCUUCACUGUCCCUGGUGCACUUUGAACUGCAGCAAACUCUACAGCCUGCUGAAACACCUCAAACUGUCCCACUCCCGCUUCAUCUUCAACUAUGUGCCUCACCCCAAAGGAGCAAGGAUAGACGUGUCCAUCAACGAGUGCUAUGAUGGCUCAUACGUCGGCAACCCUCAGGACAUCCACAGCCAGCCGGGCUUUGCUUUCAGCCGCAACGGCCCAGUCAAGAGGACUGCUGUCACUCAUAUACUGGUUUGCAGGCCCAAGAGGACCAAACCGAGUCUGUCAGAGUUCCUAGAGUCCGAGGAUGGAGAGUUGGAGCAGCAGAGGACCUAUGUCAGCGGACACAACCGCCUCUACUUCCAUAGUGAUAGCUGCAUGCCUCUGCGGCCUCAGGAGAUGGAUGUAGACAGUGAGGACGAGAGAGAUCCAGAGUGGCUCAGAGAGAAGACUGCCACGCAACUGGAUGAGUUCACAGAUGUCAAUGAGGGAGAGAAGGAGGUGAUGAAGCUGUGGAAUCUUCAUGUCAUGAAGCAUGGUUUCAUAGCAGACAACCAGAUGAAUCAGGCCAUCAUGCUUUUCGUGGAGAACCGUGGUGCUCACAUCAUCCGCCGCAAUCUCUGCCGCAACUUCCUCCUGCAUCUAGUCAGCAUGCAUGACUUCAAUCUGGUGAGCACAGCCACCAUCGACCGCACAAUGGCCCGGCUGCGACAGAUCCAGGAAGAGCUGCCAGACAUUGAUGAAGAAGAGGACCAGACUCUGGUAUCAGUGGGAGCUUGCAACGGCAAUGCUGUCACGUCCAGUGGAGGAAAGCAGGGCAAGAGGACAAAAAGUGCUCUAACAGACUGAUGUAAGGCUGGAUGGAGGGAACAGUGAUGCUUGUUUUUAUUUAGUUUUAUUUUCUUCUUCGAUGAACAUUACCGACCCUUUGGUGCUUAGAUAUGUCUGAGAUCUGGUCAGCAGAGGAUCUGACCUGACACUGACCAGUAUACAAGGUAAACAAGUUGGAACUUGAGAACUGAACCAAAUAUGAACAAUACAAACGUGAAUCACACACAUCCACACAAACCAGGGCUCUGAGGACUGGAUGAUGUAAGUUGAACCUACUUAAUAUGCAUUUUGUAGGAGCCACUGUAUCUGUUGUUGAGAGAGUGAAGAAACUGGGUAUCCUCUGAUUUGAAAUGGCGUCCUUUGGUAUACAGACAACUGUAUCGUGACUACAGUUAAAAUUACUGGUCACUCUUGAUUAUUUGUACACAUACACAAUAACCUUGUUAAAACGUAUCCUUUUAGAUGAUUAUUUUAGCACUUUGGUGUUUGUAUUUAGAAAGCUUGCCUUGAAAUUGUCAUUUAAAAAAAAAAAAAGAAAAAAGAAAUGCAGCGCCAAAUAUUAAGUACAAUUUUUCCACUGUCUUCAGUGGAGAAGCUGUUUGGAUUUCACUGUUGUGAAUGACAUUUAUUUUGAAGGGCCAUACAAUUAUGAAUCUAUAUUUGGCAGUAAUGUCUAGAUGAAGCCUGUAAAGUGUGUGUUAGGACCCCAGAAUGGGUAGUGGGUUUUCAUUGGUAGGUUGUCAUGACGGUAGUGUUAUACUGUAUGCUUGGAUCCUGGACAAGAGAGCAGAUUCACAUUUAGGUCCAGGCUAAAACUCCUGUGUCAUCACCCCUUAAGCCUUUUGGCCUGCAACUCAAGGAACGCCAGGAAAAUCAACUUUUUUUUGUUUUUUUUUUGGACUAUUUUUAUGUUUCUUAAGAACCAGCAGCUCCCUGUGACGUGAAGAGCGCACAGCAUCAAAGCUAUACAAAAAACUAUCUGAUGCUGUUUGUUUUUUUGUUUUUUUUUGUUUGUUUGUUGAAACAGCAGUGUUUGAUCAUGUUGGAAACACCCAAUGAGAACAUGUUGCUUUCUGAAACAUGGGUUAUUAUGAGUAUCCGUAGCUGAUGAAAUGUGUGUACAUGUAAUCGCAUCAAAUGUUUAGCUGUGCCCCUUCUAGUCCAACAGUUCUACUCUCAAAGCAAUAUGCUGUUAAUUGGCUGGUUGGUUUUCAGGUCCAAAUCAGUUGUCUGUUUUAGGUGCAGUUUAUGCCAAAGGGGAAUCAUUUCAUCAGUCUCUUAGUUCAAUAUUUUUUUGCGAGUGUAUUUCCUUUUGUUCAUUCCAUAACAUUUUUUUAAAGCAGUAGUAUGCACAUAAAUUGGUGAUCACCACCAUUCAUUAUUUCAUCAGACUUCCCUUGUGGACAACCAAAUUUAACAUUUUUCCCCCCUCCCUCCACUGUUGAUGGAGCGUUUCUUUAUUUGUCUUGAAAAGGGAGGUAUAAUCACCUUUAAUGUCAAAACACCCUGUUAAAAAUUGUGAACUAUACACUCUGGCUAAGGGGACUUUUAUAUUUAAAGAAAUAAAAACCAUUUGACCUUA